CCCUCCUUAUCUGAUGAAUUCUUCUUGUUUUUCCUUCUGAAUCUUCUACGGAAACAUUGUGAUCUUUGGAUCUCUUGCCUUUAGGGUUAAAACUUGUUCUGAUUACAAGAACACAAAUCACCUAAGUUGAAAGGAUUUAAAGGAGUGAAUGUUGAGCCAAUGAGAAGCAGAUUUGGAUUUGAUUGUGUAAAGAGUUGAUGGGAAAUCGUUGUGCAAGCACUCCUAGUUGUAGAAAGUUAUGGUCAUGUAUAUGCUGCUGCAGCAACAACAACAACAACAAGACUCAAACCCGAAUCCAACACGGGUCCAGAGGCAAGGUCCAUCCAGUAAGCAAAAUCGAGAAAUGGGAAGAAAAGAUCACAGAAGCUAACAAGAAUGGCAAGAUUCUCGUGGUAAAUUUCAGCGCGCCAUGGUGUGUACCUUGUAAAAAGAUAGAACCAGUAUUCAAGGAGCUUGCUUCUAGAUACCCUUCAAUGAUAUUUGUAACCGUCGAUGUCGAAGAACUCGCUGAGUUUAGUAAUGAGUGGAAUGUGGAAGCUACACCAACGGUAGUGUUCCUUAAAGAUGGAAGACAAAUGGAUAAACUUGUUGGUGCAGAAACCUCAGAGCUUCAGAAGAAGACAGCAGCAGCUGCAGAUCUCUUUCUCAAGAAACCAUAA